CCGGCAGCCGGGACGCGGUCCGGCCCGGCCCCGCCCUGCGCAGCGCGUGGCAGCGAUGCACGGUACUGCCUUAGGGGCGGCCUCUACCCACGCCGUGCCCGUGUCCCGGCCGGGGCGGCGGCAGGAGGCGGGAGCGCUCGCCCGGGAUUGGGUGACGCCCCCGGCUCGCUAACGCGGCGGCGGCUUUGCUAAUGACCUGUCUUUCUUCUCCUCCCCUCCCGUGCUAUUCGCUGUUACUUAUCUCCCGGCCCCGCGGUGCGAAGCCCUCGGCGGAGCGGCGGCGGGCGGCAGGAGGAGGUAGCCGGCCCGGGGAGAUGCUGUAGCGGCUCCCGCUGCUCGGUCGGAGCGGCGCCCGCCCCGGCUGCGGGAACGGGGCCGAGGAGCUGCGGGACGGGCAGAGCCGGCCCGGCGCAGAAUGUCAGCAGCUUUUUAUUUAUGAAGAACUGCUUGUUAUCAUCAAUAUGCACAUGAAAUGGAAGGGGAAGAAAUUCUGGAAAACAACUUCUGUUUCAGCCUUGCAAGAUGCUGCUUGAAGGGGAAAUUAUUGAUAUAACAAAUCACAGAACAAACCACUGAACAUGAAUGUUCAGAAGUAAAAAGAAGUUUAAGUGACUGCUCUACUUGAUCAAAAUGGUGGACACUGAAAACCAGCUCUAUCCCCUUACUCCCUUGGAGGAGGAGGAUAUAGACAGCCCUUUAUCUGGAGAGUUCCUACAAGAUAUGGAGAACAUUCAAGACCUGUCCCAGUCUCUAGGUGAUGAUAGUUCUGGAGCUUUAAGUUUAACAGAAUUCCAGUCACUGGGAAAUGGUCCAGGAUCUGAUGGAUCAGUUAUAACAGACACACUUUCACCAGCAUCCAGUCCUUCAUCCAUUAAUUUUGCCACAGCUCCAGGUAGCAUAGAUGAAUCACCCAGUGGAGCACUAAACAUUGAAUGUAGAAUUUGUGGGGAUAAAGCCUCAGGCUACCAUUACGGAGUACAUGCUUGUGAAGGUUGUAAGGGCUUUUUUAGAAGAACAAUUCGUUUAAAACUCAUCUAUGAUAAAUGUGAUCGCAACUGCAAAAUUCAGAAAAAAAAUCGUAAUAAGUGCCAAUACUGUCGUUUUCAAAAGUGCCUUUCAGUUGGAAUGUCACAUAAUGCAAUACGUUUCGGACGAAUGCCAAGGUCUGAGAAGGCCAAGCUCAAAGCAGAAAUUCUAACAGUUGAAAAUUAUGUAGAAGACUCAGAAAUGGCAGAUCUCAAAUCACUUGCCAAAAGAAUUCAUGAUGCCUACCUGAAAAACUUCAAUAUGAACAAGGUUAAAGCCAGAAUCAUCCUUGCUGGAAAAGCCAAUAACAAUCCACCAUUUGUUAUACAUGAUAUGGAUACCUUAUGUAUGGCAGAGAAGACCUUGGUGGCAAAACUGGUAGCCAAUGGGAUCCAGAACAAGGAAGCAGAAGUUCGGAUUUUCCACUGCUGCCAGUGUACGUCUGUGGAGACUGUCACGGAACUCACGGAGUUUGCUAAAUCCAUCCCUGGCUUCUCCAGCCUGGACUUGAACGAUCAGGUGACACUACUGAAGUACGGGGUGUACGAAGCCAUAUUUGCCAUGUUGGCCUCUGUGAUGAACAAGGACGGGAUGCUGGUGGCUUAUGGGAAUGGCUUUAUAACCCGGGAGUUCCUGAAAAGCCUGAGAAAGCCAUUCUGUGAUAUAAUGGAGCCAAAAUUUGAUUUUGCAAUGAAAUUCAAUGCACUGGAUUUGGAUGAUAGCGAUAUAUCCCUUUUUGUUGCUGCCAUUAUUUGCUGUGGAGAUCGUCCUGGUCUUGUAAAUGUAGGACACAUUGAAAAAAUGCAGGAGAGCAUUGUGCAUGUACUGAAACUUCACUUGCAAAACAACCAUCCUGAUGACACCUUCCUCUUCCCAAAACUUCUCCAAAAAAUGGCUGACCUCCGACAGCUGGUCACAGAGCAUGCUCAGCUUGUUCAGAUAAUCAAGAAGACUGAAUCUGAUGCACAUUUACACCCUUUACUACAGGAAAUCUACAGGGAUAUGUAUUGAGGACUUUUAGUAUUUUUUCCACAAUAUUUAAAGACAGAGAAAUACAGAUGGGAGCAAAACUACUUGUACAGUUACGGGCUGUUCACUCAGCCCAGAGCAGGAAAAAUCUAAAACUGGGGAACUGGAGUGUUGCACUUCUUUUGGUUUGGGAUCUUUUGUCUUCUUUUGAAAAAGUGCUGCAGAAAAAUACUGGUCAGAAUGCUUAAUGAAGUGUCUUAAAAUGGUUCUUUUAUUUGGAAAUUUGAAGAUUGGUAAGGAAUACACAUUUGUAUAAUAAAUCAGAAUGUUAAGUAACAGAAAUGAACAAAAUUGUAUUUCCUCUUGGCUUAGUCAUUUUAGUAUUAAUAUAACAAAUUCAGCACCUUCCUUACAGGUAUCUGCACAAUCAGAAAGACAAUGCACUUUUGCCUAAUGGUAACUACUGAGAACUAGCUAACACUUUUUCUUAAAGCAUUCAGUCUAGGUGUAGCAAAUGGCUGGAUAUUACUGUCCUUACACAUCUGAAAAUUUGGAAAGAUCUUUGAUCCAUUGCUGCUUUAAUCCAUGAAAUUAUGUACAGCUUCAUCUAGUGUUAUGUUGGUAUACUUAGGGUUAGCAUGUUUAAAAGAUGGUUCUCUUAGGAAAUUAAACAAAAUCCAAAGAGUUAUCUAAAACAUAGCAGAGAUGCUCCAACAGGUGUGUCUUGAAGAGUAAACAUGAUAAACUGAUGGGACAUUUUUGUUUCAAAAGUCUGUUAAGGAAAUGUGAAACUAUCACUGAUGUAAAAGAUAUAGUAUACCCUGUAUUUUUGUAGAACUUGUAAUAGCUCAGGAUGCAGUUUUGACAUAAAAAUACUAUUUUGAAUUAGCAAGGGUUUUGGAGAGACUGAAAAAGCUGAUCCUACCCUAGGAAAAAAAAAAAAACGAAUUUUAAUUUUCCAGCAAUGAUACUGCACUCUGCUGCAGUGAUAGAUAAUUCCAAAGGAAUAAUUGAAUAGAAACGGCAUUGGCUUCCUCUAAAUGCCUUGGCAGUAUAGUUGUUUGGACCUGUUAGCUUUUCUGAUGAAUACACUGCUUCAAUUUUUUACCCCCUUGGAUAUAUUCCUUCUUUGGCCUCAUGCACAGAAGUAUUUGGUACUUGUUAUCACCAGGUUUUGUCCUGGUGGAUGAGGUGACAGUAAUACCAAGAACAAUGUUUGUAGGUGUCAUAGAAUGGAAGGCAGCACAGCUGAGAGUAAGUUUAUCGUGUUCCUAGGAGUAAACUGAUUUUUACAACAGCACUUGCUGUACUCCUGCUGCAAAAGAAGCCACAAUGAAAUGGCUUCCUGACUUUGCUGCUUUUCUCAGAGAGCUGCCCAGAAGUUCCAGCUGCAUGCAGGGCACUCUGCUGUUUCUCUUUCAUUUCUUUGAUACUGUGACUUCACACUAUUACCUCCUAAUUUUACUUUCUGUUUCACAACAAGGAGGUCUCAGGAGCAAUCCCAGCAUUUUACACUUAAACUUGCAGUGGCGCAGGAGGACACUUUGUACUUGUGUUAUUGUAGCACAUUUGAUGAUACCAGAAUCUUCACUGCAAGGAUUGAGUGAUGAAGUGAGAACACCACGCUGUCAUUUCUAUUUCAGUGGCAAUGCUUGUUUCUAUCCAGGCCCACAGGCACAGCUGGACACUGGAAAAAUUACAGAUUUAAAGGUAACUUGGGGUUUAUCUGGGCAAUGAUUGUGGCAGAAGUUAUAGAUAACUAUAGAUAUAUUUAGUGUAAAAUACUGAAGCACAGACCUCAGAUUUGGGGAGCAUCUAGGGCAGGAUAGAAACAGUAGCUGCAUGUGCACAAAACUUCCUCCCCUUCCCUGUUGCCAGCAGGAAGAAUGCUCAAACACUCAGAGAGGAAUGUUGGUCCUGGCCAGGAACCCUCAGAUGAGAAAUGGGCUGCCUUUUGUGUCCCAGAGCAGCACACAGUGUGCCCUCAGAAACAGAGGAUUUUAGGAAUGCUUCUGCUUUAUGCUUCCAGCCAACCCUGUUUCACUGUGAGGUUUAGGCCAUGGGAAAUAAUUGAUCUGCAAUAUUGCUGAUGCAGGAAAUUGUCAAAAUAUCAGCCAUUGUGGGAUGGUGUUCUGAAACUGUAGGAGCCAACUGUUAGUUUAUCUUCCAAAAAAACUGAUAACUUGAAUUUUUUUUCCCCCCCAAAGGUCAGAUUUUUUGCAAAGGACAAAUUUCAAAAUUUGUAUUCCACAGACUAGGUGUACUGUAGGUUCUCAGGAAAAAUCAGACACAGUCAGUGUGCAUAACUAUUUUUCCAGCUCUUGUUCUCAAAAGUGGCCAAAACACUUUAGUAACACUUAAAAGCAUGGAAUAUUAAUAAUAAUAUUAGUUAAAUUAAUUUAAUUAAUAAUAAUAUUAAUUAAAUUCUCAGCAAAGCUGUAAAGAAUUGCAAAUAGAACAACUCAGUGAAAGGCAUCAUAUUUAGCUGUUUUAGCAGCUGCAUGAGAAAAGUGCAUAAUUUUUUUGUUGUUUGAAAACUAGCGAGAAAUUUUUUACUACUUCCUUGGACAUUAAAGCUUUGAUUUCUAUUUUACAUUAAAUUGCAGACCCUUAAUGAGAAAAAAAAGAGAACACAUCUCUGAAUUGUAGAAAUAUGAACAAAAUGUUAACACAGCCUAAAAUUCUGGAUGGAUUCCACUGCCCACACUGCUGUCCCGUGCACAUUCCCACAGUCACUUAAAAGAGUGACACAGGGCAGACAAUUCCCUUCCCAAGAAUUAAUGGGCAAAAGAAUUUCUCAUUUCUACAUUAUGCUUUUAAGGAAUUACAUUUGCUCCUUCAGGAGAUGACCACAGCAGGUUUUGGCCAAGAAGAUUUUAAAGUUACUCAGUUUAUGCCCCCCCUCCUUUUUUUUUUUUAAUUUGGAAUCCAAACUAGUCUCAGAUCUAUUUCUGAUUGAUUAUUUCAGCAUCUCCCCUAUGUGCAGAUAAACAAAUAAUUUAAAAUACCCCAUCUAUGGAGGGAAGCAAAGUGAUCAGAUUUUAGGAUUAAAAACUAUUAAAGAUUUACUGGCACAUCAGGUACAGUUUGGAUCUGAUUCAUGCCAACAUAACUCAUUUUAAUGUCAUAGCAUGGAAGAACUCUGGUUAGCAACCAGACACACAAACAGCUUAAGGAAAGAGACAGCAGAUGGAUGGAGAAAUAUCCUGGGAAACAAUGGUAUGACUUAAGUAAGUUUUCAACAAACCUACAAAUUACUCAUUUUUGAGCAUUGUUUAGGGCGAAAAUAUUUAUUUAUUUAUUUAUUCUGGUGCCCUAGGUACUUUUUGUCAAAGGAGAAGGGGGAAAGAAAAGGAAGGUUUCGUGCCAAGUGAUAGGGAAAUCUGAGGUUCGUUCUUCUCUCCUCCUUAAAUAUUUCCUUUAAAGCUGCUGUUUAAAAAAAGUUAGCUACUUUGUACCUUUCAAAAUUUCCAAUCCCACUUUUGCUUUAAACACAAACUGACACCUGAUAGGAAAGUUUGCGCUUACAGAAACAACGUCUUAGGUUGCAUUUAGAGAAACCAUAUUUUGCGUUAACUGCCAUUUCCAUGUGCCUUUGUGCUCUGGUUCCAGCAGCUGCUGCAGAGCUGAAGUGCUGCCAGAGAGCAGAGUUCUGCAUUAUUCCUGCCCUGGGCAGAUCUCGGAAAUACCAGCAGUUGCACUAAGCCCGUUCUCAUGAGGGAGCUGGCACAAGGCUGCACAUCAAAGAGCUUAUAAUAAGCAUCUAAACAUUUGUUUGUUUAUUCAAACUGCUGAAACUUGGGGAGAUUUAUUCAUCACGAGAGCUGGGUCACAUACGAUUGAGUUUGAAUUUCCUCAUUUCUGACAGAAAGCCUGGACAAACUUGGGCCCCAUCUGAGGCAGAGCAGCUGGGGGAUAUCCUGCUGUGGCUGCAGAGGAAUAGUUUCAGUCUCUCCUAAAAAGCUCCCUGUGACUUAACUGAAGAUCUGCAACUGCAUUUGACAAAUGCAUUUGCAGCUGUCAUGGUACUGCUUAAGCAUAAGGUCUGCAAAUAAUGGUCCUUCUCAGAAACCCCUUGUCCUUGAGAAAGUGUUGGAGUGUAAGGUGGAGCGUGGUAUCUGUGCUUGCUUAUGCCCCAGGUGCUUUCCUGAUAAUCAGUUGCAGAUAAAUUUUGUAUUUAGGUUUAAUCAGCUUUAUUAUCCUUCUUUUACUGGAGAUCUAAAUUAUAUGUGGGUUUGAUCUAAGAUUAUUGAUAUUGUUAUGUGUUGUGGGAUUUUAAUUUAAUGUAAUAACAUUUCUUCCUGUUUCAAUUUAUAAAAUACAAGAAUAUAAAUGCAAGGUAUAAACUUUCACUAAAUUAAUUACAGAGGUGCUUAAAGAAAAAUGUGUAAAUUAUUUAAUUUAAGUAUUUGUUACAUACUUUAUCUUGUUAACCCUUUGUACAGUGAAGAAGUAUUUCCUUUUAUGGGCUAAGGAUGAAGGGGCUGAUGUCAAAGACAAUUUAUUAUUUAUUCCUGUCUGGUCUUUGUUGCUGUAUCAUUUGUGAAGAACUAUCACUGAUAACCAAAGUUAUCAGUGUUUGGUGUUGAUGAUUAUAACAAAACUUUAAAAUAUAUUUUCACAUAGAACACAGACUUCCUUUUAUUUAAUUUUAAUUAAAACAAGUCUAGUUGAGGAAUAGCUGCCAUCCCAAAGUCGAUUUUUUAACUCAAGUUCACUAAUAGGAAAAACAGUGUGUAGAACUGAGUUCAUCUUUGUUUUGCAGCAUGGUAGAUCAUUUUCCUUUGAAAAGAGCUAAAAAGAAGCUACAUUUGGUUUGUACACCGGUGCUGGUGUUUUCUGCAGAAACUGACUUGUGUCUGGGAAUAAUAACAUGUACUCAGGAUUAUUCCCUGCCAUCUGCCCUGAGGGUGACCUGCUGCUUUUAGAGAUGUAUUUCAAAUAUGAUUUGGCAGCGCAAAACAAAAUGUUGAGAUGGCAUUAUUGCCUUCCCUACAGGAGGGAUUUUAAAUAGAAUUCAGAGUCUGCUCAUAGGGAUUCUGUGUCUGGUGCAUGCAGGUUUGACAGUCUGUGUCUACAGCAUCCUUCUAAGGAAAUCUGAUAUAGGGGAAAAAGUACCUUUCAAAGGUAUCUAUUUUUUAUUUUGCUGUGUGAAUCACCAAACACAGUAGGUAUCACAAGCACAAUCUCAUACAAAUGUUCCAGCUAUCAUUUGUACUUACUGCUUUUUAUUUGUAACAUGUAACACCUGAUUUCCUCAAAUUGCUGCGACUUGGCAUUUUCACUUCAUCAGUGUCACCACACAGGUAUGUUGUCUCCUAAGGUGUUUGUGCCAUGUUUGCAAAAGCUCUGCUGGACUUCCCUGUGCUAACCUGCAGCCACUUCCUUUACACUUCAUGACACAAACCCACUGUGUAACUGAGCCCACCCUAAGGAAGGCUGUUUCUUCCUUUCUUUUUUUUCUAUUGUGUUCACUUUUUAAAAAUCUUUUUCUGCUUCUGAAGCUGGGGUGUUUUUAUUCUUGAGCUCCUUUAUUAGAUCAGAUUCCACUGCUAUGGGUGUUUCGAAACAGAAUUCCUGUUGCAAGGACCUAUAUUUCAGAUGAGCUGACUCUGCCAGGGGAUAGGCAGCACGCCAGGAGACUGAUCUGAUUACAGGCUGGACCUUCAAUAAGGACUGCAAGAUCAAGCAUGAGGUACUUGAAGUAUUUUCACUACUUGAAGUAGGAGUAAUAUUUUGGUGUAUUUUCUCAUGUUGGGUAUGCAGGUAAUCCCUGUUGUGGUAAAGACACGAGCCUUAUGCUCAAUGCCAGGAUUUUCAUGGCAUUUUUUCCGCUUGAAAGAAAAAAGACUGGCAGGAUGGGGAAGUCCUGAGGCACUGCAAUCCCGGUGGUACACCAGUCCUGUGUUGUACUCCGGGUGUGUAGGAGUGCAGUGUCACCAGGCACUGUGUGGGAUGUGCUGCGGAGCUGGGAGUAGGUGGCUCACUACAGACAGCCAGCCCUGCUCCCCUGGCCCAUGCAGGGCCUCACAUGGCUCAUCCCCACACACUCAGCAGCUCUCUCCAUCAGUGAGAAUCACAGUGCCUUGGCCUGUUGGCAGAGGAGAAACUCAGUAGUAACUAACCUAACCAACAUUUCAGUGCUAUCAAUGUGCUCCAGAACCCCCUCUGAGUGGUUUGACAAAGUCUGCUUCAGCAGCUUCUUGGAGGACCUGCCUCCUGAGCAGCUCUUGCUGUUCCACAUUUCUUACAAACAGUUGCUCAGAAUUUUCUCUAGGAAUGCAGCACCACAGCUUAAGUGCCCCGGGAUGUUGAAGCCCUCCCUCACGUCUUAAAUGGUCUGUUAUCUGGUAGGACACAACAUGCAGUGUUGUUAAUGUUGCCAAAGCCUAAUCAAUAGAGUGAACAAGUGUUUCAUUAAAUCAAGAUACCAGUAUUAAAGAGAAAACAAAAUAGCUUAUUGUUUCCAGUCAGCUGUUUUGGGUACAUUUUACUUCAGUAAAUACAGAAGGUAGGAUGAACACAUUUCUUGCAAGGAGUAGUCAAGCCUAAUUCUCAUGGAAUGCUUGUUUCCCAAUAAAAACUACUAAUUCAAGCCAAGUUCCCAAGUUUCUUUCUGUUAGAACAAUGCAAAUGGCACUUCCAAGAAUGAAUGGAUGCCCUGGUCUCACAGGGAUUUUUAGGAAGGACAACGUAUCUUGCACUUGUGAAUGUUAAAGUCACGUCUAGCUACAUACAAUGAUGCAUUCUCAAACGUUACCAGCCUACUGAUCUAGGAUGAAAAGACUUGAACUAAACAUUUUUUUCUUUUUUUACAUUCUGAUUUUUUUCUGCCUUCUUUAAAAACAAAAGGUUGAAUUCACAGUGUUUGUAUAGACUGGUAGGAACCUAUGUGCUUUAAUCCUUUCAGACUGAAUGUAAACCAACUUAAUUUGAAACACGAUUUUGCCUUAAUGGUUUUAAAAAAAUAAAAUAUUUUUAAAAGUGAA